AUGAUAUAAAAAUCUUCCGGUACUAUGAAUUUUAAUAGACCCAUAGCUUUGAUGUGUUAUAUAUGCGGUCGUGAGUAAUAAAAACAAAUAAUUUUUAUAUUAUUAAAAUAAAAAUAAAUAUAAAUAUAUAUUAAAUUCUUUAUAAAUAAGAUAUGGCACAAAAUCAUUAGGUAUUCACCUUAAAACUUGUAAAUCCAAAUGGGAAAUCGAAGAGAGUAAAAAACCUCGAAAUUAACGUCGUCCACUUCCUUUACCUCCCGCAGGUUUAGAAUAACUUCUUUCUUUAGAUGUUAUAAGCGAAAAAGACAUAAGAGAAUUUAACACUGGUGCCUUUAAUAAAUAUAAUAAUGAGGCUUUAGUAAAAUGUCCUAAUUGUAACAGAACGUAAACAAAUAAAAUUAAAAAUAAAAUAAUAAUAAAAUAGUUUUAAACCAGAAGCCCUUGCUCAUCAUUAAAAAGCCUGUACACCUAGCAACCCUUUCAAGCCCUUACCUCCAUAAAAUGGUGGUGAUGGAUAAAUGAGCGAAUUUCCAGAAGAAAACGACGCCGCAAGUUUAAAACCUUGUGUUUAUUGCGGCCGAAAAUUCGCUAGUGAUAGAAUUGCUAAACACGAAAGUGUAUGUAAUAAAAGCGAUGGCAGCCAAAAAUUAAAAACUCCUGUAAAAGGUCUAAAUGAAGUAAAAUAAUAAAGCACUGGAAGUACAAUUAGAAUGCCUCAUUCAGACUAAAAAUCAAAUUCGAAUUUCAAUUCUGGAGGAGGUGGGGGAAAUUCAGCUUCUUCUUAUAAUUCUCCAGUAAAAUAAAUUGUGAGACCCAAAACUUUGGUUUGCUAUAUUUGCGGAAGGGAAUUCGGAACUGCCUCACUUUAAAUACAUAUUAAAACUUGCGAAUAAAAAUGGGAUAUAGAAUAAUCAAAGCUUCCUAAAAAAGACAGAAGACCAUGCCCAAAACCGCCUUAGAAUAUAAAUCAAUUAGGAGGUAUGAAUGCUAAUGACAUCUAAAAUUAUAAUAAUUAAGCUUUUGAUGCUUAUAAUAAUGAUGCUUUGAUUCCAUGUAAAUUUUGUAACAGAACUUUUACUCAAACAGCUUUAGAACAUCAUAAAAAAGUAUGUACAGCCGAAAGACCUUUUAAACCGCUUAAUAGGCCUUAGUAAGAGUAAAAACAAUAAUAAUAAUAAUAACCAUAGUAACAAUAAUAAAAAUAACAAUAAUAAUAUUAGUAACAGUAAUAGGAAUAUGGUGUACCUAAAGGAGCUUAUGAUUUAUCGAAAGAAAGUGGCGAAUAAUAUGAAUAAGAAUUAGAAUUGGUUCCUUGUGGAAAAUGUGGAAGAAACUUUGCCUCGGAAAGAAUUUCUAAGCAUGAAAAAGUAUGUAAAGGACCAACUGAGAAAAAAGUAGUUAUAGAACCUCCUAAAGUAGAAAAAAAAAAAUAGCAAGGAGAUCCUUUAUGGAAAAAAUAACAUGAAGAAUUUAUAGAAAGUAUGAAAUAUAUGAAAAAAAUGAAAAAAAUUUAAGAAUAAGGAGGUGAUAUUAGGCAAUUACCGCCCCCAAAAGCUGCUAAUACAGACCAUUUGAUCCCUUGUCCGUAUUGUAAUAGAAAAUUCAAUGAUUAAGCAGCUGAAAAGCAUAUCCCUGCAUGUAAAAAUACUAUUAAUAAACCUAAAAGUGUAGCCUAGAGUGCACCUAAUACUUUCAAAAUGAUGUAAUAAAAUUCAGGAUAAUAAUAAAUGUAAUAAAAAUAAUAAUAUGGAGGAUUGUAAUAAAAGUAAUAAGGAGGAGGAUAAUAAUAAUAAUAUGGGUAGUAAAUAUUUGGAGGAGGGCAUUAAUAAUACGGAGGAACUUAAUAAUAGCUUGGAUAAUAAUAAAAACUUGGAGGAACAUCAUAAUAAUAAUUUAAAUUGAAAAAAUGAA